AUGGUUCAAAAGAAAGACAUGGAAGAUAAAACUUGCCAUCCUCUCCCUCAUGACGAUGAUGAAGCUGGGAUGAAGGAGGAAAAAUGUAACUCUGGCCAGUUUGAAGUUGGCGGCUAUCAAUGGAGAUUGUUACUCUACCCAAAUGGGAAAAAGAAUAGUAAUGGGAAUGGUCACAUCUCUCUAUACUUGGGAAUAGUAACUACCGAUGAUCUGUCACUUGGGUGGGAGGUUAACGCAAACAUAAGAUUCUAUGUGUUUGAUCAAAUUCGAGACAAGUACAUGUGUAUUCAAGAUCCCAACUGCUAUUGGGGUUUCUGCAAGUUUUUGUCAAAGAGAGAUGUACAGGACUCAUCAAAGGGCUACUUGGUGGGUGAUGCUUUGUUCGUUGAAUGCAAAAUUGAUGGUAUAUCGAUGUUGCUUUCUUAUGAUAUUCUCACUGAUUCAUCAAAUGGUUAUCUUCUUGAUGACACUUGUGUUUUUGGGGUGGAAGUUCUUUUUAUUAAAGAUAUUUGUAAAGGGGAGAGUUUGUCCAUGAUAAGUCAACCUCAGCGUAAUUAUUUCACCUGGAAGAUUGACAACUAUACGGCCUUGAAAGAUAAAGUUUAUUUCUCUGAGCAAUUCACUGUUGGAGGUCAAAAAUGGAAGUUGAGGCUCGAGCCGGAGGGAAGUGGAAUCGGACUCAACACAAACUUAUCUCUCUAUCUGAGAUUAGAUGAUUCAAAAAGUCUUUCUCUCAACAGAAAAUUGACCGACUCUUACCUUACAGCUGAUUACUGGUUCCCUAAAUCCGGCGCCGGAUAUGGUUUCCGCAAGUUUUUGGCGGUGAGAGAUCUCAAGGACACAUCAAAGGGCUAUUUGUUGGAUGAUGCUUUGUUCAUUGAAUGCAAAAUUGAUGUUAUAUCCGCAGUUAAGGAUUUCUCCUCAAAUUAA